GUAAUAAUUAAUAGAGACAAUAUAGCAUUUUGACCCACAUUCCAUUCUAGUAGGUGGCGGUAAGGCAGAGUAACCCUUGGCUGCAGACUGCGGUAUGGGGCGGGGUCAGAUAACAGGCAGGGUCGGACGUCUGACCCCGCCCUCAACUCUGAAAUUAACCAACCCCAUAUGCUAAAUACUAAAAUUAACCACGCCCAAUUUUUUAAGCCUCCUAUUAAACUUACCUACAAGCCAUGACCACAACCAUUGGACAUCCAACCCUGUCUAGUAUCCUAAUCCACAGUCUGCAGCCGGGGGUACUUGGUAAUGCACACCACAAGUUGUUUGCCAACAGCCAAUAAAAAAUAUUUAUUUAUUAUUAUUUAUUUAUUCACCGUUCUUUAACCAGGCAAGUGAAGAAGAAGGCAAUAUGAAGAAGAACAAAGAGAGAAAACGUCAGGGGACAGAUGAAUAUCUUUUAAAAUAUGAACUCUUCAAAAGUAAUGCCUUUGUCCUUAUUAACAAGAUGAUUCAACUGUGCAAUAAAACUCAUGGAAGUCAACAUCUGGUGGAUGAGAUUUGUUACAGUAUCUUCUUUUUUGGACAAAUAUUUGAUCCCAAUGGAAACCUGAACAUUUAUCCAAAAGAUAUUUUCGGUGAUGACCAGACAUUCAUCGAGAAAUUAAGCAGCAAGUAUAACAAACCAUUUGAAUACUUUCACAGUCAGACUUCCACUGAGCGUCCACUUCCCAGACGGAGUCCAUUCUCCUGUGUUUUGGAUAUGUUUGUGUUGCAGAAUGGACCAGAGGAUGAAAUCCAAAUAAGAAAAAGUUUGGAAGAUCUUGUCAAUGAAUUGAAAGAUAUGAAUCUGAAUUUGGAAAAAAAGUUUCUGGAUUUUAAAAAAGGAGAACCGGAGGAGAACAAACAAUGCCUGGAGUUUAAAAAAGAUCUGGAUAAGAAAAAACAAGAUCUGGAUGAGAAAAAAAAAGAUCUAGAUGAGAAAAAUAAAGAUCUGGAUGAGAAAAAGCAAGAUAUGGAGGUGACAAAAAAUAAGCUGGAUGUGAAAAACGAAAAUCUAAAUUUUGAAAAAGAGUGUCUGGAUUUAGAAAAAAAAAAUCUGAGAUUGGAAAAAGAAAUAUGGAAAAAAAAGGAUCUGGAUUUGAGGAGGGAGAAAAAACUAGAACUGGUCUCCACUGUCAUCUGCGUUUCUAAAUACAAAAAUUCAGAAAAGCAUUACGGUGUCUCUAUGUCCACCACCAGUCUCAAUGCUGGCAGGAUUGUUAUUGCUGCCUCCUGUUUGAGUGGUUAUUGGAAUAAAUAUGUCGCUGAUGCAGUGAUGACUUACUAUCCUGAGCAGAACCAGAAGAAGAAUGAGAAGAAGAAGAAGAAGGAUUACUUUGAUGGAACCUUCAAACUACCUGAAAGCAUAUCGUGCAAGGCAUACCACAUCACUAAAAGAACUGAAAUGAACCCGUGCAUAUCAUGUAGGAAUCUCUUUGGCUUGAAAGAAUGGGAGAACAACUUGAAAGAAUGGGAGAACAACUAUGGUAACUGUGCUGAAGCUGAAUGUCUGAGCAACUUGCUUCUCGAUGUUUCACUUGAAAUUAAACCAGAACAACACACAUACAAUCCAGAGGACAGGGAAAAUGCCAGAGCAUCUGUUGAAACAGUGUUAAAAAAUACACUGAAAACAGUUCACUUUAAAUGGAAUGGUGAAUAUUACCCACCACAAACACAGAGGCCUUAAAAAGGAAUAAUGGGAGUGAAUAAAUAUGCUUCAAAGUUGCACCAGUUGACUAAAUAUUUUAUCAUGUCAUACUGUUUAUUUUGUAUGUGUUAUGUGGAGCCAAACUAAAUUUGUCAUGUAUUCCUAAAGUUACAUGGUGCUUCUUCUCUCUGGUGCCAGCAGGUGUUCAGACUCACCACUAGAUGGCAGCAAAACCAUGUUGAGGAAAAAUCUGCUGAAGCUCUUGACAAGACCUGACAUAUUUCAUAGUCAUUGUUCAUUGUGUUUAGUGCAUGAACACAAAAACUCAACAAAAUGUUAAAACACAAAACAGAGUAGUAUAUAACUAUGUAUUUAAAGUUUUUUUCUUACCCGGCACUCUCUUGUUCUGUUGGAACCAUGUAAUCUUGUAAUAAAAAAUCUUUUCAUUCCAA